AUGGGUAUUUUGCCCAUUCCUACUCUUGUCUUCCUCUUUUCAUUCCUCUCACAACCAAUCCCAACAUUCGGAUCCCCAUCCAAUGAAACGGAUCAGCUCGCCAAGGAAGCUCUUGACGUCGGCCUAACCAGUGCUCAGCGUAUGGUUAACUACUUAUCCAGCAUCGCCCUUAACGACUGCAUCGAGGCCUUUGGCACCGCCGCCGGCCUCAUUCGCAACUCUCUUGAGCAGAUGCUCCUGCUCAGAUCCCCCAGCUCCCCGUCCUUCAGGCCAGAGAUAAAUAACGUGCUGACAUGGAUAACCGGUGCCAUUGACGACGGGAACACCUGCACGGAGGGAUUUAAGGAGGUGGCGGAGGGUCCCUUGAAGACCGACAUAUCCAAUAGGGCGGAGGAUUAUAAAAAGGUUAUUGAAAAUGCGCUUGCACUGGUUCGUAAAGUUGCCGAGAAGCAGGCGCCGUGA